UACGGUGACAUUUCGUCGCAGAUCAGGUAACUUGAGAGAAGCAGGGACACUUUUAUAUCAUUCAAUAUGGCCUGUGGGAGCGUUCUAUUAACCCUGGCCGUGAGUUUUGUGGGCCUAGCCUUCAUUCUGUACUCCCCCUUCCCAGAGGAUGCCGUUGAGCCUCAUAUGCAGAUGGCUGUAUCUCUUGUGAUUGGCGCCAUCUUUAAAAUGUGCGAAUUUCAAGAGUACAUUGGGUACACAACUUACGUAAAAUGUGCCAGGAAUCCUCUGAAUAUAAACGCGUGGGUCAGCAAAGGCGCUGUAUCAGAUGACAAUGUUCAUGUGAGUGAAGAGCUAUUUGACGGCGUAAAGGUGAGAUUGUAUAUACCACGUGACCAUGACGGGGAGAGUCCUCUACCUGGGAUAAUCUACCUACAUGGAGGUGGCUGGGUAUUAGGAUCAACAGACAUGUACGAUCCGCUCACCAGAAUGCUAGCCACGUCCCUCACGGCAGUUGUCGCCUCUGUUGAGUACCGAAUGGCUCCCGAACACCCAUUUCCUGUACCAUUUGAAGAUUGCGUCAAGGCCACAAAAUACUUCAUGUACAACGCAAAGAAGUUUGGAGUAGAUGCCAGUCGAAUAGCUGUAUCAGGUGACAGUGCUGGAGGAAACCUAGCAAUGGCUGUCGGAACUAAACUCACCCAGGAAGGACAACCCCCUCGACUUCUCGGCCUGAUAUACCCAGCGUUACAGAUGGUGGAUUUCAACACCCCAGCUUAUCUUACUUAUCAGUCGAUGCCUUAUUUGUUGAAGAAAUACCGAAUGGUUAGUUUUUACCUAACAUACGCAUUUGGUAACGACGAUGACAUUGAGAAGUAUUUCGAGAACAAACAUGUGACUGAAACACUUAGAAACUCUAUCUAUACAAAAGUCAGUACAACAUUACUACCUCAAAAAUACCAAAAGCUUCAGGUUAAGGAGCGUGCAGCUGUCGAUAUGAAUUUGGCACAAAAAGUGGAGAAAAUAAUUACCAAUGUAUCCUUGUGUCCUCUUAUGAUGGACGAUGAUGAGCUGUACCAGUUACCGAAGACCUACCUACUUACCUGUGAGUAUGAUCCACUGCGAGAUGACGGUCUCAUGCUGGCUAAACGGUGGAAGGAUAUGUACUUCCCUGUUACACACGUACACUGGGAUGGCGUACAACACGGAUUUAUAAACAUGGAGGGAUCCCAACGUACAACAGAGGCCCUGGAUGACUAUAUAAAAUACCUCGGGGCGGAAUUAUAAUAUCACAUUAAAUUGUAAUGUUUCCAUAAUCAUGAUAUACUAGUCACAUGACGAGUGAAUAGUGCGAUGGUAGAUCACAGGGGCUUGGCACGAUUUUCCA